AUGGACCACCCUCCAGAGGUCGUCGCACUGCUUGAGAAAUUUCCUGUGCUGAGGAAAGCCUUUGAAACGGGAGUCGAGUCUCACGACGGCCGCGAAGAGAAACUGCUCUCCUUUGUCCUUUCGCACCCCGAUAUUGACAACUUACGGGGCUCUCCCACCAAGAUACUCUCGGCCAUUGAUGAAUUCUCGGCCAGCCAAGACUUCCUCAUCAGCAUUGGUGGUCACAAAGCGGCAGUUUUAUCUAGGCUGAUUGCUGAGGAAAAGCCUCAAACCGCCGUUGAGUUAGGUGGCUACCUGGGAUACUCUGCCAUAUUAUUUGCAGAUGCGAUGCGCCGCAGUAACCCUGCCCAACAGCUCCGCGUUUUCAGCCUCGAACUAAGCGCCGAGUUCUCUGCUAUUGCUAGACAACUGAUAGAGCUUGCUGGGCUCUCUGACAUUGUAACAGUUGUCACAGGCCCGGCCGAAGAGUCUCUUCGAAAACUACAUGCGCAAGGCACUUUGACCAGCCUCGAUUUCUUAUUCUUGGACCAUGGCGAAGAAUUAUAUCCUGCAGACUUCAAGGUCUGCGAGGGUCUGGGUCUUUUCCACAAAGGAACGGUUAUUGCCGCAGACAAUGUUGUACGGCCCGGCGCCCCUGAAUAUCGUAACCUAGUGAGAAGCCACUCAAGAUUACAGAGUACUGGGGUGAAAGGGUUAAUCCAACCAGGAGAUUUCGAGGACGAAAUCGAGAUCAGCCGCGUCAUAGCUUAA